GGCACUUUUUUGACCAGCUUAUUGUGGUUAGAUUUUUUAAGCGAAUGACGUACGUCGCAUAUGUUAGUCUGUUAUUGGUUUUCCCUUUAAAGAAUCGAAAUCUUUUAUUUUGCCAUAGCAACCAUCCAAGUUCGUAUAAUAAGCAUACUGUGGAAGAAAAACCAGCUCGUAAACAACAACAAAAAAGGCCACCUAGCGGUGUAUUUACCUUUUGUAUAUGAAUCUGAAACCAGACGAUCUUCCUCGCGUGUCAAAUGGCUGACGUGGACAAGUUGGAACUGUUGGAUAGCUAUGUAACAGGAAAUUUGAUGGAAUCCGAAGUUUUAGAAAAUAAGCCUUCACGGGAUUCUAUGAUGUCGCUUCCUGUCAAACUCAAUCUGUCCGUCCCAGCUGCACAGGAAUGGGUAGGCACAAGAAGAAAACAACUUAAACCGUGGUUUCGAUUUGUACAAACCUCAAAGUUUCAAAGUCCAUCAUCAGUGCCUGCCCUUGGUGCAAGGAUUGUGAAGAAUAUUGAUCAUUUUCAAAGCAAUUAUUUAUGCAUUUUUGUCGUUCUUAUUUUGUAUUGUUUGUUAACAUCACCCCUACUUUUGUUUGCUGUGGGCACAUCAUUAGGAGCUUGCGCUUUGAUAUCACGCAAAAAUGUUGAUCAGAAAAUUUGUGUAUUUGGUCAAGAAAUCAGCUUAGCUCAGCAAUAUGGGCUUAUUGCCAUGGUGUCUCUUCCACUUUUCUAUCUAGCAGGAGCUGGGUCUGUGGUGUUCUGGGUUUUAGGUGCUUCUAUGUUUUUUAUUGUUUUGCAUGCAUCUUUUUACAAUAAUGAAUCCCCUGAAGAGAGUUUUGAACUCCCCAUUCAACAGGUUUAGAAGUUUUUUUUCUAUCAUUAUUUCUGUAUGCUAAUCUGCCUUUAUUUAACUGAUUAUUUUAAUAAUUUCUAUCAAUGUUUUCAUGUUUUGUUUGCACUAAAUACAUUGAUUUUAGUUACCA